AUGUUCAAUCGAAAAGGUUUGCUCAAUUCUCAAAAUAUUUCUGCUUAAAAAUAUUGCAUUUCAAGUUCCCCCUAGAUUUUAAACCAAAAUUUUUCAUUGCUUUUCUUUUUGAACUUUUUCCCAGUCAAAAAGUAUACACUUUUUGAUUGCCCUUUUAAUUAAAAAUCCUAAAUUUCUUUUUCCUCUUCCAAAAAUCUAUUUAUUUUCCUCCUUCAGUUUCCUCAAAUAUACAUAUUCAAUUAUUAUAAUUCUCGACAACAUUUUUAUUCCUUUUUUCUGCAAGGUCAUAAUUGCUCAUAAACUGUCUAUCUAUCUAUGUCUCUGCUCAUUUUUUUUUGCAUAUUUAUUUUAUCAUACCUUUUAUUAGUCAUCACAUAACUUUUUCUUUUUUUUUGUGUUAGGUCUUUCAACAAAGAAAUUGUACUUUUUCCACGAAUUGAUUGUGAAAAAUAAAUCUUGUGAAUUUAUUCAUCUGUAUCCGAUACGCUAAUAAAUAAAUCAAAUAUUCACAUUUUUGUUGUAUUUCUUAAACGAUGCGGUAGGGAGAUAAACAAGUUGCUUUUAAAUGAAAUCUUGACAUUUUGAAAGUGCUUUUGAGAUAGCAUAACUUGGAAAAAAUUAUGUCUGGAACUCUAGAAAAAGCUCAAAGUUUUUAAAAUUUUUUGGACUCCAGGUUUUAUUUUUCAUUUUCUCAAAAAAAUGUAUAAUAUUAUUUUUGACUCAUAUUUAUUUGUUCCUUUAAAAAAUUGUUGCACCCAAAAAAAAUGUUUCAGGCUUUUUUCGUCUUCCUACAUAAUAUUUGAAAGAACAAAAACGGAAGGAAGAAAGGAAUACGAAAAUCUUUUGUUUCAUUCAUUUUUGGCGUUUUUCUUCUUGUCUCAAAUGUAUUCAUAUUCUAAAGGGUUUUAAGGGAACAUGUAAGUUUUUAGGGGGAAAUGGGGAUAUUUAAUUGAUUUGAAAAAAUUAAAGAAUUUUUCAGAAUGUCAACAGUUCGUCAACGUUUGAAUAAUCGGAAUAAUCAAGAUGUGGUGAGUUAAAUUUUGAAAAGUAGCUCACACCUAUGGAUUUUGGCUCAUGUUCCAAAAAGCUCUAAAACCAAGAGUUUCUGAGCUUUGCUCAUAUUAAACAAAAAAUUUAAUGUUUUUUUUUCAGUUAGAAUUAGUUAUGGUUUAAAAAAUUAAGAUUAUUUUAGACUUUGAACGGGCAGAAAAGUGAGAUCUUUUUUUGGGACCUUUUUAACCCUGCUGAACAUAUGUUCUCUGAAAACCCUCUAUUUUAAUUAUACAAGUAAUUAAACAGUUUAGUUUAUGGAAAUGUAAAUAGCUAAGCAAGAUUCAAAUCUUAUUAUUUUUGGUUGAUCAGAUCAGUUCCGCUGUUCUGGUUUUUUAUUUCUUUUCUUCUUUUCUCUCUUCAUUCAUUCACUUUCACACAUAAUUUAUCAUUUUAUUUGUAAGUACAUACAUGUAUUUUUUUUGGUCUGACGGUUUUUUUGUGGAUUUUUAUAAUGAUUUUGAACUGUGGGAAAGGGAAACUCUAUUUUUUUUUUGAAAGGUUUUAGGGUAAUUGGGAUUGUUUUUAGAAUUUCGAAAAAAAUAUAAUUUGAAAACUUUUUUUAUAAUUGCAAAAAAAAUGUUUCAGCUUUAUUUUUCAAUUUGCAUCUGUUACCAAAACUAUAGAACAUAAAUUUUCUAAAAAUUCUGAAACUCCAGAUUCUGAAGUUAAUCAUUGAAAUUCCCUCAACAUUUUUCAAUACCAAAUCUUCAUUCCGUAUUUUUUCUGAUUUAUUUAUUUUUCCAAUAAAAAAUCGGAAACACAAUUUUCUUUGUUAUUUACUACUGUACCUGAUUAAUUUCAAUUUCUCCUUAUCAAAACACGCCAUUGGAGCCAAUUCCACUACCACAUUAUCUAUUUUUAAUUUUCAACCCACUAUAAUUUAAUUUCAAAAAAAAAGUUUCGAACAAAAACAACCUUGAAAUCCGCAUGAAAUGAAGCGUUCCAAAUUUUGUUUUCAAAGUAAAACCAACCCUUUAUUUUUCUAUUGACCACACAUAUUCAUUUCAGAUAAUCUGGAUCAUCUUAAAUUCGUAUAGUUGUCCAUUUUUUCUCAUUUUGAAAAAAAAACAUGUUGGUUCUUUUUUUGUCUUGUCAGGUCAUAAAUCCAUUUCCGGUCCCAACUCAUUUAUCAAACAAAAAAAAGAAAAACAUGAGUUUAUGUCCAUUUUUUUCGUUUUUCUUAUAGAGAAACACGAAAAACUAAUCGAAUCAUAUCAUUAACCUCGUUGGACUAGUCGACUUAAUUGGUCAAGUUUCGAAUCAUAAGAUUUUUGUUGAAGUUUAAAAAUAAAUGUGUUCUUGAAAUGUUUACCUUGUUCUUUUCUGUUUUGUAGAUAGAUAAAGAAACUUGAGUUUUGGUAACUCGUUUUCAAAUCACAUUUUGUAUUUGAAGAUGUCCAAAUGGAAAUAUUUUUGUUUUAUUUUCGAAAAACAAAAACGAAGAGCCCCACGUUUUUUUCACAGACCUCAAAAUUUUCAAAAAAUAAAGUUUCCGGUAGAUCAAAAAUAUUUUUCUCUAGUUUUCUAACCUUUCUCUCAUCAGCCUUUUUUUCUCUCUCUCUCUAUCACCAGCCAUAUUGUGAGAAAAUUUUCGAGUUGUAUUUUUUUUGCUUGAAAUUCAGUUCAGUCUAACAUGAGCAAUGCCUUGAAAAUUGUUCUUGGUCUUCUUUUGGCUACCAAAUAACAUGAGCAAUUCUCUGAUAAGUUAUUAAUAAUUUUUUCUAACGAAGCAGCCAAAUAUAUUUUUUUGUGAUUUUAUGAUAAAUAGUAGGUAAUUUAGAGAAAUUUUUAAAGGCUUCAAAAUUAUUGGAUAACUUUUGAAACCUAAUCUAUUUUUUUCCGAAAAAAAAUUAAAUGCCUAAUCCUGAAGCUACUCUUGAACCCUAAAAAUCCGACCUCCUCAACAUGUUUUUAUUUUUUUUUAAAGUACAUGUCAAGUCUUUUUUCUACCCGCCAUUUCCCUUCUCCUUUGAUAUGUCAAAUAACCAAUUAAAAUGUCCAAAUAUUCCCUUGUGCCACGGUGUUCAUCCGCUUCUUUUUCUGACAUAUUUUGUCUGUUUUAGAUCUUGCAUAAAAAGUAGUAGUAUUCCGAAGAAAACAAAAAAACACACUCACACACUAUUUUUUAUUUGAUUAUAUCCAGAUGUUUUCUCAAGCUCUUAUUAUUUUUCAUUCAUUAUCUAUGAGCACUAAUUUCUUUUUUGAAAAUUAUUUAUUUUUCCAAUCAAAACUCUAAUUUAUUUUCAGAAAGACAUCUCAAAAAGUGCCACAAAUUUAUUCGAAGAAGGAGAAAACCCGGUGAAAUUGAGAAGAAGAAGAUCGGCUGCCGAAUUAGUGCAAUUGGCUGAAGCGGAAAGAUUUGAACAUAAUAUUCAGACAGGUUUGAUUUUUUGAUUUUGCAAAAAAAAAAUGGGAUUCAGUGAAAUGAAAAAACACGAAAUUUUAUGCAAUAUUCGAAACAUGUGUAUUUUUUGUGUCAUGAAAAUAAAAAAAACAUAUCAAAAAAUAUAUGUUUGAUUUUAUUUGAACAAACUUUUUUGAUUCGCAAGUGUUUUUCGUAUUUUUGAAAAUUCGCCACGUCAUAAUUAUUUCACCACUAAAAAGUUAUGAAAAUUCGAUGUUCCUUUAAAUAAAGCUAACUUGUAAACUACAGUAGCUAAUCAGAACUCAUAGAUCUACAGAACUGGGAAUCAGCAGAUGUCUAACCAUAAUUACUAGAACUGUACUGAUUCUGGUUCUGAUUGGAGUUCUGAUAGCUUUGAUUCUGAUUAGACAUUUGUUGAUUUCCAGUUCUCUCGAUCUUAGGAAGGGAAUCUUUUUCCAAAAUAAAAAAUUUUAUCAAUUUUUUUUAAGUGCUUCAAAAAUAUUGCCAAUUAAGUUGUUCUGAAAUAUAUGUAUGUGAAUAGAACUUUGAAAUAACCUAGAAUCAUUCGGAUGUUGAUUUUUAAUUCAAAAAUCCGACUAGAACUUACAUUUUUCUUCAAUUUUCCAAUUUUCUUCAGAAGAAGCACCAGUUCUUCGCCGUCGUCGAUUUACACGAAAACAACGAAAAUCUCUAAUAAUCGAACCGGAAACUGGACUUAUUCUGGCAACUGGACAAUUAACUUCGAGUGAGGAAGACGAAGCUGAUAAAAACGAAGAAAAGACCCCACAAAAAGUAACUUUUUGAUAAGCAUUUUUUAUUGAUUUCAAUAUUUUUUGUGUUUUGUUCAGCAGUCGAAAUCAAAUUCAUUUGUUGGUGUUCGAAAAAGAAUCAAUGGACCAGCUGCUCGAAGAGCAUCUCGACUUUUGAAAAAGUCACAACACACUUCUUCAACGUCGAAUUUGGAUGUUAUGAUGUUAGACGAAUAUGGAUUACGGUAUUUUAUAUUUUUAUGGAUUUAUUUUUCAAUUUUUUUUGUUCAGAAAUCAAACGCGAUCUUUAUCAGUUCGUGAUCUGAAUGGUGAAAAUAUAGAUUUCACAAAUGGCGAUUCGGUGACCAAAUGGGCUUCACAAAUUCUCGCAGAAUUGGAUUCUCUACCCUCAAGUCGAAUUGAUUUGACAACUUCUCUUUAUGAAGAACCAACAUCGGAUUCGAAUUUCUUGAAUCGAAAUGUGUCAACAACUUCAUUGCCAACUUGGACAACAAGAGAAGAACAAGGUAGAGAACGAGAAGAUUCAGUGUCGACAACAAUUGUGAUGCAAUCAGAAGGUUCUGAAGACGAGGAAGAAGGAGAUGGGGAAAGUACACCGGAUGGAAAAAUUAAACCAAUUAUUGGACAUCGAGAAUUAUUGGGAAAGGUUCGUAAAAUAUUUUCGAAAAAAAAACAUCUUCAAAAAACUUUUUUGUUUUGUGUCUUGAUCUUUUCCGACCUCCUAAAAUCCUUGAAUAAUUUUUCCCAAGAGACGAUUCGUUUCUUCCUCCGAAAAUGUCACUUUUCCCGCAUUUUUCUGAAAAUUUGUUGUAGUUUUGUUUAAGCUUUCUCAAAGAAUUCUCAUUUUUCCAGCUGGCUGAACUAAGUCGCCCGAAUUUCCUUCGAGUUUCUUCGGAACCGCCCGGCGGAGGACAACCGCCAAAGAUCCCGCCACCUCCAGUUCCAGCAAAACGGACCAGGUUUUUUGGAAGUUAGUGAAUAUUUUUGUUUGAAAAAUUGAGUUCUAUCCCUAUUUUUUUGCAGAUGGUGAAAAAGGUGUAGUUCGAAAAAGAUUGGAGGAAGUGUUCAAUGAGGCGGAUCGUAAAUUGCAGAGCUCAAUUGCUCGUAUGACACAAAGUGUUUAUGGAGAUUUGAGAACGGAGAAUUCGAAUAUGAAGGUGGGUUAUGUUGAAAAUCUAGAGAACACCAGACAGUUAGAGACACAGAGAAACCAGGCAGCUAUAG